UCCUUUUCUCUUUGCUAAUUGCUAAUGAAUACGGCUUUGCUUUGGCAGCAUUUAGCCAUCGAAUGUCAUUGGUCCCAAAGAGCCGCAGCGAUUGGAGAUGUCAUUCAAGUCUAUAGCGGGAGUCACGGACGAACCAUAAUAUUUUGUGAGACAAAAAAAGAAGCAACUGAACUGGCUCUUAAUGCCUCAAUAAAACAGGAUGCACAAUCUUUACAUGGUGAUAUUCCCCAAAAGCAGAGAGAGGUCACUUUGAAAGGCUUUCGUAAUGGAGCGUUUGAAGUACUGGUUGCAACUAAUGUGGCUGCCCGUGGCUUAGAUAUUCCAGAGGUUGAUCUGGUAAUACAGAGUUCCCCACCAAAGGAUGUAGAGUCUUACAUUCACCGCUCUGGACGCACAGGCCGAGCUGGACGGACUGGAAUUUGUAUCUGUUUUUAUCAACGCAGGGAAGACUAUCAGCUGAAACAAGUAGAACAAAAAGCGGGCAUCACAUUUAAACGUAUAGGUGUUCCUACAGCAACAGACAUAAUUAAAGCUUCCAGUAAAGAUGCAAUCAGAUCUUUGGAUUCUGUUCCUCCAUCUGCCAUUGACUACUUCAGACAAUCUGCUGAACAGCUAAUAGAAGAAAAGGGGGCCGUGGAAGCGUUGGCUGCAGCCCUGGCUCAUAUUUCGGGGGCUACUUCUAUUGAACAGCGCUCUUUGCUCAACUCUGAUGCGGGUUAUGUGACCAUGGUACUUCAGUGCUCGGUAGAAAUGCAUGCCACUGGUUAUGCUUGGCGGGGUCUGAAAGAACAAUUGGGUGAGGACAUUGACAACAAAAUAUCCAGAAUGUGUUUUCUCAAAGGAAAAAUGGGUGUAUGUUUUGAUAUUCCAAAAGCUGAAUUAAAUAAAAUAAAGGAAACAUGGCAAGAUACAAGACGCUGGCAACUUUCUGUAGCAACAGAAUUGCCUGAGCUUGAAAAUACACCACGCGAGGGAGGCCGAAAUUCAGGCUCGGACUUCAGGAAUGGAAGACGAAACGGUGGUUUCAACAGGCCUGAUCGAUUCAGAAAUAGGGGCCAGAAACGGAGCUAUAACCAAGCUUUUUGAUAAUUUGUUAAUUUAUCAAAAUGGGACUCGAACCUCUUGUUUUACCAUAAGUAAAAUUAAUUUACACUUUAUUUAUUAGCCUGGUAAUUUGUGUUUUAAUUACUAGCCUGAAUGUGUCUCAUUCAUUCAAUUUGGGCUACAAAAAUUCAGGUUGAAAAGAUUAUUUGAGCACAAGGAGUGCUACACUAUCAUAAUUAGUUGCAGUGCCCCAAUAUCUUGGGCACAAGUAAAUCUCCAGCCUUUGGUUGGUAGCACAUUAGAAAUUUUGAGAAUAUGUUGUGGAUGCUCCCUGUGGCUUUUUCCCCUCUGCCCCAUUUUCUGUAUUUUACUUUUAUUUUUUCCAGACCAAUGAGAAUUUGUAAUGAAAUGGUGAUCUACACAGUCAUCCAUUCUUCUUGCUUUUUAAGAAAGCUUUUGAAGAUCAUUUCAUAUUGAAUUUCCAAAUUGAGAUUUAUUCAUUCAGUUGGCUUCCCUUUUUAAAAAUACUGUUAUUCAGUUAAAUCAGAGCCAUGAGUCUGGAAGUUGGUUAGAUAUUAAAUAAAUUAACCUCAAUGACAUAUGACAGAAGUAGGACAAAAGGCAACUGAAUAU